AUGAAAACCUCAAUGCUCCUCUCAGCCGAGUCAACACCCACCCGGUUCAUUUCCGUCAAAGGUUUAUCGUCACCCUUCCGGGAUCAACCAGCCAGCUCCUUGACUGUCUCAUCCCACGUCAUUGACAUCUCGCCUUCACCCCCACCUCCGGCCUCGAUGCUUGAUACUCUUCUUAGCGGCAGAUUUGCCGACACCCUUUCGCCUGAUGUGUCGACUCCCGUAGAAAGUGACAUCAACCAUUCGCUGGAUAGCGCUGAGUUUUCGCUUCCAGAGCCAGCAACCCUCCAUGCCAGACAUCAGCCCAUCGGACUUGGAUUGGGUAUUGAUACCGGAGAAAGCACUUUCGCAAACUUCUUGCCCAUGGUAGAAGAAGCUCUUGAGUCUCCAUCGGGACUGCCGUGGGGUAUGGAGGAAAGCACUCUAUCUUCAGUCCCAGCUGUCACCUUAUCGACGCGUCGAGUACAGCUGAGUCCUUGGCCCACAUCUUUCGAAACCAUCACUCCCGAGAGCGCAGUUAAUCAAGAUUCUUGGAUUGGUGGAGCUUUUGAACUUGGCACCGCACAUCUCGAUGAAGAAAAUCACCCAUUUAGCACCCUCUUGAAGGACUCAAACUCAGAUACCCCCUCAGAAAUGUCGCCUUCACUUUCAGACAAGUUUCCUGCUCAAUCGUCUAUCACACCACAGACGAAAGUCUUGGAGACUGUGGAUAUUCCUUCGAUUUCCCAGAGGUUAACGCGACGAUUGUUAUCAUUCAACCGGAAAACAUUGGCUGGAGACCACUUCCAAUCGGAAAGGGUUGCACCAGAGCUGCAAGCUAUCCCAUCGGUUGUCAUUUCCUCUCUCGAGGAUUCCUCAGCUCCACCGAUGCCUCUCUCGAUGAAAUUUAGCCCUCGCGGCCGACUCUUAAGCACCCUGCGCCAUCGGAUGAUGCUCCGUGGAUUGGAUUCAGAUCGAAGUGGCAGUGAUGCCAGCUCAUUUACCGGCCCAUCUCAAGACGCGCUUUCGAGCCAAAGUGCACCCGCCUGGAAGAGUGACUCGCCGCUCGAGCUACCAUCAUCCCCAGCUUUCCCGUCUCUUUCUCCAAACCUUCGCGAUACCCCUGGAAGCUUUUCGCCAAUGAUGCACGACAACAUGGCAUUUUCACCGGCCAUGUCGCAUGCCACUCAGGCACAUGUGAUGUCUGUGCACACCGGGGCCACGACGCUUAUAUUCUCAGUUGUCGCCGGAAGUCUGGGCUUUGUUGGAAUUUGUCUGAUUCUCCUUGGUCUGGCUUGGAAGAAGAACGGCGGCUUUCCAGGACUAACAUCCUGGAACCGCAAGCACAGAGGUACCGCCUAUGAUGAGUUUAUGGAGGAGAAGAGCUGCUGGGUUGCCGACAAAAAACUCAGGAUUCAUCGAGAAAGCAAGCCCAACCCGGAACGCACGGUCACCACAGUCAACCAGAACCCAACCAGCUUCUUUUCAGGCCACGAGGAUAGUAGGAGUCUGCACCAGGUCUCUCGCAGCCCAUCCCAAGCUCCCUCGAUCCCGCCAUUAGCUUAUCUUGUCAAUGGAAAAUUAAGCAUUGAUAGCAUCCGACUCGAAUUUCCUGCACCCGUAUCGUCACCGGCAGUACCUUCCCUUUAUUCAGGACUCAGUAGCAAUUACGAGGAUGAUUUGAAGGAGAAUGACUACAAGGUCAUCAGCACUUUGAAAAAUCGAGUUCAGCCGGAGACCGCUCAAUCACCUCUCAAAAUCGAUUUCUCAAAUGAUGCUCAUCUUGCCAGCCGGCCAAGGUCUGAUAGCAAGUCUUCAACUGUAUCGAAGGCAUCCCUCAAAAGUAUCAGCUCACUAGCCUCUUACCUCCUCAGUAUGACCAAGUUUGAUUCUGUAUCCGCUGGAACCAAAAAAGGAAAGGUGGACAUGGGUAUCAGCAGUGAAAAUUAUAAGAAUGCUCGCGAGUCGCUAAAUAGCGUCAAUGAUCCAUUCAGCAUGUCCCCAAAGUACACCAAGAAACCUAGUAUUCCAGCCUUCAAUCAGUCCAUCAAGCGAGUUGAGUCGGCUGACGGCUUAGUCCGAGCAGCCUCGGCCCAGUUUGACCGAUUGCACCACUCGGCCAGCUCUCAUCAGGAUGCUCCCAAACGGCCGAACACGAUUUCUUGUGUGCCUCCUGCGAUUUUGAUCACCGAUCAUCCCUCCGAGCUCAUUCCGCCAUCUCCUCCACGCUCAUCCACUUUUGACCAAAGACCCGAGUCCAUCGGAACCUUCUUGACCCGAUACUCCAACUUCAAUUACACCUCAGAGGAGGAUCUUCAGGCUGAAGAGAAUGGCUCCCCCACUUCGCCCCAACAGGAAUAUCCCAUAUCUCAUGUCCAUCAAAGCCAUCAUGAGAACCAAAGUGUAUUGGAGCCCCGCAACUCAAGGGUGGCAACAUUCAGUGAGCAGGUUGAAAGAGCGCAAAGGCAGCCGACUCCACGCAUACGCACCUUGUCCUCCGGGCAAGAAUGGCGCGUCAAAGAUCCUCGAAUCAACUCAGUCUCCAGUCUCAUCAGUCAUCGAUCACGCACCAGUGAGCUUCUUGGAACUUCGCCUCUUCAAGACUUUGAUCGGUCCAACGCAAAGUUCAAUUUUGCACCCAAAAGAACCAGCUUGAACACCUUGAACUCCUCGCAAACGAUUCGUGAGCUAGCCGCAGUGACUGAAGAUCUCCGAGCGUUGAUUGACUCCGAAAUGGAUCCCGACUGCUCUUGGGAUUUACCCAGCCAGUUCCAUCAAACCGUUCCUGAUUGGGUCACCCUUCCUGCUAGUUUCAUGGUUGCUCCGCCCAUGCGCCCACCAAAAUCUGCGAGCCGAUAUAGCAGCAUGAAGCCCACUGCUAUUGAGUACGAAAGUACUUCUACCCCUUGUUCGCCCAACGAUCCCAAUCCAUUAUCCAGCCACCACUUCUUAAACAAUCACCGAGCUUCCUCCCAGUCGUCUGAGGUUCAUCAUGUGAAUCAGUACACCACCCAGCCGAAUUUCGAGCCAUCAUCAUCGACGAAAAGCAAACGAGUUUCUUCCGGAUCCAGAGUGAGAAAAUCGAACUCGGAGUCCUCGAUCGAGACCGUCGUCUCCGCCGAGUCGAAUGCCAGCAUUCUUGAGAUCGCAAGUUUGCAUACCGCCCAGACCCAGAGCGUGCGAGGCGUGUCCGCCGAAUUCGUCAUUCGACAAAGCAUCGCUCAAAUCCAAGCGUUGGAAGCCCACAACCGUCUCAGGAUGGCCCUCGCCACCAGACAGGAGUAG